ACGUGACUUAUAAGACGUGAAUCAGUGUGUUACCGGUGUGGGCUUUUAAAACGAUAAACAUCUAAUUUCUGUUAUCCCCUUCCUCCCAAAACCCUAAACAGUCGACAGCCCCCCCAAUCAAGGGAUAAUCAGAUUAAAGUUUGAUGUGAUGAAGAGGGCAAUGCCUUGGAACGAUGAUGAGGAAAAUGAUUCAUCAUCUUCUGAUGAAUCAUCAUCUUCAAAUUCAGACUCUGAAGCUGAAGAUGGACCUCCCAACACCAAGUCUAAGAAAUCAUCUCAAUCUGCAAAGCCUGGGAAACAAAAGAGUGCUGCUUUGCAUUUUGAAGCAUUGAAGCGGCAUGGCUAUAAGGGAGGGCUAUCUGUCCUAAAUGUGCCUCCUCCAAAAGAGAAGCCAGACUGGUCUUGGUCUAAUGGCAAAGAAGGUCGUGAAACCAGGGAGGUUAAAGAAUCUUUUGAAGACAGACAGAAAACAAGAGCUGCAAUAUUGGAUGCAGAGGAGCUGGCUAAUGUACAAACUCGAAAAGAGAAGCAGAAUGUUUCUUUUUCACAGAAGGAGAAGCGGAAAAGAGAACUUGGUCAAGCUAGUAGGGGGAAGAAUUAUGUUGAAGAAGAGAAGAGGUUGCUAAGGGACCGUGGCAUCUAUUCUGGUUUUGAUACUUGAUCUGUGGUGGUGCGGGUAGGCAUGAAGUUUCUCAUCUUGUGUGCGAUGUAGAAGACUUGUAAUAUACAUGAGCUUUUUUCAUUCUGUAUGGGAUCUAGAAGACUUACUAUAUGGAACCUCUCUGAUGUUAAGACAUUCGGUUGUAAAAUCUAUUUGGUAGUUUUUGAGAAAAGCAGGUUCCAUAUUUGUUGUAUCCUAACGAUGCUUAAUGAUCUUACAGGACAUUUAUAAAGUCACUGAAAUUAACAGCAUGUGUGGUUGGUAUUUGAAUUUAA